UCGCAUGACUAUAUAUAGAAGGUGCCGGGAAACGGUGUCAUUUUCAUCAACAGUUGGAUUAAGACGAGUUGCUGCUAUGAAACGUGCUAUUCUUCUGUGUUGGGCCUUUUUCGGCAUUGCAAGAGUACAAGGUGCGACAACAGCUGCCACUACAGGGGCGGCAACAGCAACAAGUGUUUGUGACGACUCGCUGACGGAGACGCUCCCAGACGCGGCGUUCUCCGCCUCCAGCGACUACACCAGCAAGGAUCCUGUUCACAACUACGCCCCCUACAGGGGAAAACUAAACGUCAAGGUUGACCCUGAUCCCAAAGCUUACAAGGUCGGCUCUUGGGUCUCCCUCGAUUUGGAUACAAAACAAUGGCUGCAGGUUGAUCUGCCCAACCCGAGCGUUGUGCAGACGGUGACGACAGCGGGACGUGACCCCGACCCCGUCAGCGGCUGCUGCAACCAGUGGGUGACGAAGUACACUGUACAGUACAGUCUGGAUGGCACCACGUGGACAACGGUCACCGACAGCGCUGGAGCAGAUAAGGUUUUCGACGGCAACACCGACUCCACGUCGCCUGUAACGAACAGUCUCGACUGUCCAAUCAUCGCCAAGUAUGUCCGAGUCAGUCCAGUGGACUGGCACAAACACAUCGCAAUGAGGCUGGGCUUCAACGGCUGUAACAUCGCAUCUGGUAAAGCAACAGCUGGACCAUCUACCACGGCACCUACAACACAGACAACCGUGGUUGCAGGGCAGCUUUCAACUGGCCAAUGUGUCAUCGACUGCAGCAGUAAAAGUGAUGGAUUCUACCAGUCCUGUCAGGGCUGUGAUGUUUAUGUCCGAUGUGUCAACAAGCAGAUCACGGACAACAACCCCUGUCCCCCCGGGACUGUGUGGAACGACAACAUCAAGUUCUGUGAUUCCAGCUCCCCCACCUGUCACGUCCCCACGAGCCCGACCACACCAGGAUCCACAACUACAACAAUGGCUCCAGGACAGCUUUCAACUGGCAAAUGUGUCAGCGACUGCAGCAGUAAAAGUGAUGGAUUCUACCAGUCCUGUCAGGGCUGUGAUGUUUAUGUCCGAUGUGUCAACAAGCAGAUCACGGACAACAACCCCUGUCCCCCCAGGACUGUGUGGAACGACAACAUCAAGUUCUGUGACUCCAGCUCCCCCACCUGUCACGAAACUACGACAACGUCCACCGUCGCACCCACGACUACGCCGGUGCAGACCACACCUACCACCACUCAACCAACAACGACUCCUACACCAAAACCCACGACCACACCAACACCACAACCAACAACGAUUCCUACACCAAAACCAACCAGCGCACCAACACCACGACCAACAACGAUUCCUACACCAAAACCAACCACCGCACCAACACCAAGACCAACAACGGUGCCAACACCUACGCCAACCACGACCACGACCACAACGUCAUCAACAGUUCCCCCGACCACGCCUACACCAACGAAGCCAGUCCAAAUGCCCCAGCCAUGGCCAUGUGUGAGUGACUGUAAUGGAGUUCCUAACGGAGAUUACCAGUCGUGCCGGGGCUGCAACAUCUACAUCACCUGCUCCAGCGGACUGACGUACGACGGCUUUAAGUGCCCGGCGUCGACCGUCUGGAAUAACGACGCCAAGUACUGCGACUACACAUCACCAACCUGCCCCUAGAGACGGCCGUUUUAACUGGCUGUUCCCUGUUGUCAGGGACAACAGACAUGUGACAAGAAAUCAGAAUUAUUAUUGGUCGUCAAAAUAAUGUUAACAGACAAAAUGGCGUCGGUAUACGGUUUUUGAGUUUAAAUAAAAUGUAUAUCCAUUUUAAUUCUGAGAGUCUUAAAAAAUGUCACAUACGGGUCAAUUUGGAUAAUUCCUUGUUUAUUGCAUUAAACCACCAACAUUUGUAAAAAAAAUGUAAUAGUUUGAUAAAAAGACCCCGAUAACCAACAUUCGGGUGAAGUAAAUGCUAAAUAUACGAAAAUUGAAAAUCAGAAAGUGAAAAUGAAUUUCAUUUCCGAUUUUAUAAAUUUGAUUUAACAUCAUGAUCCACGCAGAUCUGCGUCGACUUACGGUGUUCGUACGACCAAGAUGGUUCAAUAUUCCCAUAAAGAGAUGCGGUUGAGGACCAUCUUGUCAACAUCCCAUUGUUGUUAAUACCUUGAGAUUUUGUACAAAACAGAGAAAAACAGCUACAAUAAAACAUGGAUCUUGCAAA